CAGUGUUUGCUCAGCGUCUGCCCGAGUGGACGCGCUCUAUCAUGGCCGUCUGAAUCGCGAUCCGAUCGCAGUCUGAUCUCCUUUCCCCCCUUUUCCCGACGUCGAUAAUUAAUUAUCUGUCCCGGUCGCUUUGGGUACCGUUUCUUUGGGAAUAUUACUCCAUUUGUGCCAAUGUUCAAACAUGCAACCUCCGCCAAGAAAGGUGAAAGUGACACAGGAAAUCAAGAACACACACACGGAGCAGCUCGGCCGGCUGCAUUUAAAACACCAGACGGAAUGUGAUUUAUUGGAAGAUAUGAGAACAUACAGCCAGAAAAAAGCCACUCUUGAGAGGGAUUACGCACAGGCCCUCCAGAAGUUGGCGAGUCAGUAUUUAAAGAGGGACUGGCCAGGUAUCAAACCAGACGACCAGAGAACAGACUACAGGAACGUGUAUGGAGUAUGGAGAGCUUAUCUCGAAGGCACCAUGCAAGUUACGCAGUCUCGUCUCAACGUCUGCGACAACUACAAAAACGAGAUUUCAGACCCCGCCAAAACGGUACGACUCUACAAAGAACAGCAGCUGAAAAAGUGCAUUGAGCAGCUGGGUCGGACCCAAGCUGAGCUCCAGGAUUCAGUGAAGGAUCUGGCCAAAUCCAAAAAGAAAUAUUUUGAGUUGGAGCAGAUGGCCCAGGCAGUCCGGGAAAAGGCUGAUAUUGAGUCCAAGUCAAAGCUGGGGCUCUUUCAGUCCAGGAUAAGUUUACAGAAGGCCAGUGUGAAGUUGAAAGCUAAGAGGAGUGAUUGUAACUCCAAAGCAACCCAUGCGAGAAACGAGUAUCUUCUUACACUGGCGGCAGCCAAUGCACACCAUGACCGCUACUACCAGACUGACCUGGUCAGCUGCAUCAAGACUCUGGAGGGGAAUGUGUAUGACCAAGUGAAGGACUAUCUGGUAUCCUUUUGUCGGACUGAGCUGGAAGCGUUUCAAGCCAUCCAUAACACCUUCCAGUUCCUGCUGGAGAAGUCCAGUCGAGUAAUGCAAGACUUCAACCAGCAGUUGUUCUUGCAGGAGAAUCCCGUGUUUCAUAAAGCACAAGACUUUCAGUUCCAGGCGAGUGACAGCGAUAUGACUCUGAGUUCCGUGCAGCAGUUGGUGGACAUUGAGCCGUCGGCCGUCAGUGUGAUGAGAAUGACUCUGGCACAGAGUCGACAGCUGGAAUCAGAGACGGGCACCACUGAAGAACACAGUCUCAAUAAAGAGGCGAGAAAAUGGGCCACACGUGUCGCCCGCGAACACAAAAACAUCAUCCAUUUCCAACGGAUUGUAGAGGAGUGUGAGACUCUCGGGACUCCGCCUACCGAACAGAACCGGAAUGAGCUGGAAUUCCGAAUCGAGGAAGCCAAGGAGAACAUUCGCAAAGCAGAGACAGUAAAGCUGAAAGCAGAAGCGCGUUUGGAUCUUUUGCGGCAGGUGGGCGUUUCCGUGGAUACGUGGUUGAAAAGUGCCAUGAAUCAGGUGAUGGAGGAACUGGAGAAUGAGCGUUGGGCAUCUCUGCCCACCCUCACCACCCAUGAGCUGUCUCUUUCAACAACGGUGGAUUUGGACAGAGAGGAGGGAGAAGAACUGGAGGAGAACAUGGAGACGUAUGACGACAGCAGUUCAAGUCCUUCAGGAACCUUGAGGAACUAUCCUCUUACCUGCAAGGUGCUCUACUCCUACAAGGCCUGUCAGCCAGAUGAACUAACAAUCGAUGAGCAUGAGAUGUUGGAGGUUAUAGAAGAUGGGGACAUGGAGGACUGGGUUAAGGCGCGGAAUAAAUCCGGUCUGGUGGGCUACGUUCCCGAGAAAUACCUGCAGUUUCCCACCUCUAACAGCGUACUGAGCAUGCUCCAGUCUCUCGCUGCGCUCGACUCACGCUCACACACGUCUAGUAACUCCACCGAGCCUGAGCUGGCCUCAGGCAGCUUCAACGGAGACUGCAGCAUGAGUUUUGUAAAGGCAAUGUACGACUAUGAGGGUCAGACAGACGAUGAGUUGACUUUCCCUGAAGGCGCCAUCAUUCGGAUCCUCAACAAGGACAAUCAGGAGGAUGACGGCUUCUGGGAGGGCGAGUUUAAUGGGCGAGUGGGCGUCUUUCCAUCUGUGCUGGUGGAGGAUCUGACGGCUUUAGAGAACGGCGAUGCUCACUGGGGACCAGAUGCACAAGUGUCCCCAUGCCAAAGGCUUCAUUCAUCACUUCCUCCAUUGCCACUAUAUGAUCAGCCACCCUGCAGUCCAUAUAGCCCAGAGACCAGCACUGCACCCUCUCUGCCACGCUCGCCAUCUGUAAACGGAGAACAUAAAUUGCCCCUCCCACAGAAAGCUGCCAUUCAUAAUCACAAUUCCAGCUUAAGUCCAGAGAGCCCAGGCUUCUCUCAGCCAUUGAGACUCACUCCAGAUGGAUCUGGCCUUGGGAAACUCAGACCUGUACGGGCGGCACCACCUCCACCAAAACAACACCCUCGCAGACAAGUGGAGAAAACCGAAGAGGUGGAAAUCACGCUGGUGUAGAGCACCGCACUAUUGGAUGGAGAACAAACCCCAUCUGACCUCUAACUGGGGCGGGACUUUUGUUAACCCACUCCUUGAGCAUGCUUACGUCCCCAAGGGGCAGAGAAAAGCAUCUCGACGGCAUCACCACGCCUUUUCCUAAUAACAAACACCUCUUUUGGCGUCGGAGACUGUUUGGUGCCUUAAACCGCUUUCAUGCCAAACUCUAAUCCUUGUAUUUGUAAUUACUUUAUUGUACAAAGAGAACAGUAGACCUACAAUUUCAUACUUCAUAAAUCCACUUAAUGCCACUUCGAUUUUACAAAAUCAAGGGAGCUGUGUGAGUGUGCAUCUAAAAUACAGAAAGGAUGCAAAUACAAGUAUUGAAAAGGUGCUGUUGGUUUGAAACAGGGUCAGUCCAUCUCAAGUGGUCCAAUACAGGUUGCUUGGUCACUUAAUUUUCCAAAGUGCUUUUGAGUGAUUACAUCUAUGUAUUGGUAUUGCAAAACCAGCAGUUUUUUAUUGUCUUGGUUUAAGCACAACGGCCAUCUUUGUGCCAUGGCACAUGACACAUUUUGGUUUUACAACUGUUUACAGAAACCUCAAUAUCUCUCCUCAGGAUGGUCCUAGUUCCUUGGAACAAUAACUGGUCUCUAGAGCACAUUACAAGGUACAUGAACUUGAUAUAAACUUUUAGCAAAUUCUUGUUCCUUCGACUUAGAACUAAUGAGAUAUUCAAACCCAAAUUGAGGGGAAUUAAAAAACAUUGCACUUUCUUGCCCCCAUAAAUAAAUGAGAAGUCUCAAACUUGAAAUGUUCUGCAUGCACACUAUACCUACCCAUGUACCCCCUAAAAAAUUAAGACUGUGACUUGAACCCUUCCCAUUAUAAAUUGACCCUAAAAGUGGAACUUUGAGUAAUCUUGAGCAUUACAUUAGGACUUAAGUUCUAAGUCUAAAGAACAAGAAUGUGCAAAAUUGUGUUUAUAUAUGUACAUGUACCUUGUAAUGUGCUCCAAGGAACUAGGACCAUCCUGAGCCGAGAUAUUGAGGUUUCUGUA